AUGCUGCGUUCUAACUAUUGUGGUGGUACUGAUGAAGGAAAUAUCGGGUUUUGGAGCCGAAGCUUCUUUAUUUGGGUACUGCCUUUCUUACAGAUAGGGUAUCGGAAAACCCUCGAGGUCGAGGACGUUCCAGAAGUUGACACGAAUCUUCAAGGACAAUGCUCGGGCAGCAAGCUUCGAAAGUCCUGGGAUUCUUCAGGCACAACCGGUCACCAUCGCCUAAUCAAAGCUGUGUUUCGUGCAUACGGAUGGGCUUGUGUCUCCGCUAUCCCACCACGCCUCGCCUACAGUUGCUUUACCUUUGCACAGCCUUUUCUUAUCACGGCAACUGUGAAUUAUACUGGAGGCUCAUUAGGUUCAGAGCCUAAGAUUUACGGAACUGGACUCAUUGGCGCGUAUUUUCUGGUAUAUCUGGGAUUAGCGGUUUCGAAAGCCGCAUACUGGCGUCAGACGUACUGUCUACUCACUAUGAUGCGGUCUGGUCUUAUAUCUAUGAUCUAUGACCAGACUAUCGACAUGACUGCGGCUGAUUUGACUAAUUCCGCAGCUAUCACAUUGAUGGGCACCGAUGUCGAACGAAUAGUGGCUAACUUGAAGAACCUGCAUGAGGCCUGGGCAUCUGUCAUAGAAUUGGGAAUUGCGAUUUGGUUGUUGGAGCGCGAGAUCGGAGUUGCCUGCUUUAUACCCUCGUCAUCACAAUGGGCGCAAAAGCAAUGGAUUGAGCGAGUACAAAAGCGACUUGCAGUGACAGCAAACACGUUAGAAAACAUGAAGGCUGUGCAAAUGCUCGGGCUGGGCGAUGUUAUUUUACCGCUGGUGUCACAUCUUCGUGAAAUCGAAGUGAAAACUUCAGUUAAUUUCCGAAAGUUGCUGAUAUGGCAGGUUGCGCUCUCCAACUUGCCCGUUGUAUUCGCUCCCUUCGCUACGUUUACACUUUACACGAUAAUAUCUGUUGUACGACACGAUGAGUCAAUCCUCUCUGCCCAGGCAUUCACAUCCCUCGCUCUGAUUUCUCUUCUCACAAAUCCCCUGCUCAUACUUUGCCAAGCCAUGCCAGCAAUAUGGCAGGCUAUCGCUUGCUUUGACCGGAUCGAAGAAUAUUGUGGGGAGCGCACCUCUUCAUCCACAAAAUCCGAAGAGGAGGUUAAGCCAUUGCCGACAUCUGAGAAACUCUAUCCAUUCUUGAUCUCAUUCCAGAAUGCAAGCAUAUCAUGGUCCUCGAAGAAAGAGCCGAUGCUUCGUGAUCUGAGUAUUGAUAUUCAUCGGGGCAUCACUAUGGUGGUCGGUCCCGUUGGAUGCGGGAAGUCAACUCUGAUUGAGAGCAUCCUCCAUCAGCACAUGGUUAAAAAUGGCUCCAGAAUAGCCUCAUUCUCAAGAGCUGCAUAUUGUCCACAGAUCCCGUGGAUUAGUAACGACACCAUUCGGAACAAUAUCAUCGGAUUUCUGGAAUUUGAUAAAACAUGGUAUGAUAUCACAUGCGCGGCGUGUGGUCUGCAAGAGGACCUCGACGCUCUUGCAGAAGGUGACAUGCAUCUGGCUGGAAGCGGCGGCAUCUCGCUUAGUGGAGGCCAAAAGCAGCGAAUUGCGCUCGCCCGAGCAGUCUACUCUAGGCUUGACGUUGUCAUUCUGGAUAAUGUAUUCAGCGGACUCGACUCGACCAGUAUUGCUCUCAUUACGAAUCGGCUUUUCCGCAAAGACGGCCACUUUAAAAGACUGGGGAUAUCGGUUAUUCUCGCCAUGAGUACCUAUCAGUUGCUUCUCCAUGCGGAUCAAAUCCUGAUGAUGGAUGAGAGAAAAAUCACAGCAUCAGGGUCAUACAAUGAGAUGCUAUUGAAGGAACCAAAAAUUGUCUCACAUGUUCAGAAGCCAACGUUUGAUCUUCCUAUUGCAACGGUCGAGAGGUCAAAUCCUGACCUCACCGUUGUCAAAAAGAAAGAUGGCACCAGGAUCGCUAUGCAAACAGCCGACGAUGAAAAUACCACUCUUAAACAUCAGGAAAAUUGGUCUGUGUACACAUACUACUUUCGGAGCGCAGGAUACGGCCUUUUGGUCUCGUUUUUGGCGUUCACUCUCAUUGAGGCUUUCUGCUCCAGCUUUCAAGCAUUAUGGAUUCAAUGGUGGGUUGAGGCAAAUGAAGAGCAACCUAACAAGCAAUUGGGAAUGUAUCUUGGUGUUUAUGGCUUGAUAUUUGGAUUGACAUUUUUGAGCCUCGUCGCUGGCUGCUGGUUGCUCUUCGUUCGAGCCCUUAAUAAUACUUCGUUGAAUUUGCAUUCAGACCUUCUCAAAACAGCGCUUAGGGCAUCGAUCAGCUUCUACCAAAGUGUAGAUACCGGUUCAAUAACGAAUAGAUUCAGCCAAGAUUUGGAACUUAUUGAUAUGAUGCUACCGAUAUACGCUGUCAAUUGCGUGACUAAUUUCGUUAAUGUUUUCAUCAACAUUCUUAUUAUCUGUGUUAUGGGUAGAUACUUGGCAGUCUCAAUCCCAUUCUUAGGGGUGGUUCUAUUCUUCAUUCAGUCAUAUUACCUACAAACUUCCCGACAGGUCCGAUUGCUAGAUAUUGAGGCCAAGGCGCCUCUCUACACACACUUUCUCGAGACAAUCCACGGCAUAUCAAGCAUCAAAGCCUACAACUGGGGGCCCCGGAUGCGAGAGGAAAGCCACUCUCUACUAAACCGAUCGCAGCGACCAGUCUACAUGCUUUACAGUAUCCAACAAUGGCUGGUUCUGGUUUUGGAUCUGGUUGUAGGGGCCGUCGCAGUCAUUUUGAUUGCCAUGGUUACAUGCUUGAGAGAUCAAUUCAAUGGAGCAUCCAUUGGGGUUGCACUCAACAUUCUACUGACACUGAAUCAAACUUUGGCGAAUGCUCUCAAGAUAUGGACCAUGACUGAAAUCUCUAUCGGGGCUGUAUCACGUGUACAACGCUUUAUACAGGAUACUCCCUCGGAAAAACAUCGCGCGGCAUCUCCAAUUGCUCCUCAGUUACCGCAUGACUGGCCUUGCGGUGGUGCCGUGGAGUUCGCAGCCGUGACUGCUGGAUAUGACCAAUCGACGCCUCGGAUCCUCAAAAGUGUUACAAUGACCAUCAAGCCGGGAGAGAAGAUUGCCGUCUGUGGAGCAUCCGGGAGUGGAAAGACAUCACUUCUCAUGGCAAUGCUUCAUAUGCUUGAUAUUCAGUCAGGAAGCAUCAGCAUAGACGGCGAGGAUCUCGCGGGGAUCCCGCGGAGCACAAUCCGCUCGCGCAUCAACGUUGUCCCACAAGAUCCAUUUUUCAUGCCAGGCACCCUCCGGUUCAAUCUUGAUCCUCGCCAGUGCGUGAUAGACGCAGAACUAAUCCGUGCCGUCGAGAAGGUGGGCCUUUGGGAUCGAGUUCACAUCGAAGGGGGGUUGGAUAUGGAGUUCUCAGCUGCGGACUGGUCGGUUGGGCAGAAGCAAUUGCUUGCUUUGUCUCGGGCCCUUGUAAAGAAGGGUCCUCUGUUAAUCUUAGAUGAGGCUACAAGCAGCGUCGACUGGGAAACGGAGGCGAUCAUGCAGGAUAUUAUUGAGAAGGAAUUUUCUGAGCAAACCAUCAUUUCGGUGGUGCAUCGGCUUCGAUAUAUUCAUUGGUUCGACCGGGUGAUGUUGCUCAAGCAUGGCGAACUUGUUGAGUGCGAUACAGCCGAAGCGUUGCUGCAGAGAGAUUCGGACUUGCGAAAGCUAUAUCUGGCUUCCCAAGACCCGUACAGGGGGUGA